UUCAGCCUCAUCCUCGAAGCAAAAGUGAAGCGGAAUCAGGCUCCGGUGCUCUACUCGCGCAAGGCUCUGGAUUUUAAAAGCUAUUCUUCGGCGUGCAAGUGUUUCUUCGCGACAACUGCAUCUUCCCCCUCCCAACAUUCCGCUCAGCCUCUAUCAAGUCGCGAUUCAACAGCCCUCCGUGCAAUAGCACGACAUGGCUCUGUGUCAAAUGCGCCUCCAGGAGGAGAGGAAGCAAUGGCGACGUGAUCACCCCUUCGGCUUCUACGCAAAACCCCAGCGAAACCCGCAAACAGGUGUCCUUGAUCUGAAGAUCUGGGAGUGUGGCAUACCAGGCAAGGAGAAGACUUUGUGGGAGGGUGGAUUGUUCAAGCUGAGUGUUAUCUUCCCUGAUGAGUACCCAACAAAACCACCCAAGUGCAAAUUCGUCCCACCGCUCUUCCACCCCAACGUUUACCCCUCCGGCACCGUCUGCUUGUCCAUCCUGAACGAAGAAGAUGCAUGGAAGCCGGCUAUCACCAUCAAGCAAAUUCUCCUCGGAGUCCAAGACCUGCUCGACGAGCCAAACCCCGACUCCCCAGCCCAAGCUGACGCUUACAACCUCUUCAAGAAGGAUCGAGCAGCGUAUGAGAGCAAGAUCAAGCGGAUCGUCAAGGAAAACCCGGCGCCAUAGACUCUUUUUUGUGGGAUUGCAUAUGGGUGGGUGGCAUUGAGCACGGCGUUGGUAGGAUCUGCUUUGGGGGCUUUACGCGGCGCGGGCAAUAACUCUACAGGUGGCUUUUGAUAUGGGGUAGAUGAGUUAUUGAAUGCAAAAAGAAUAUCAAUCUGGGACGUAAUGGGCUUGUGACACGUCAGUGAGGCCGCUUUUGCUGUUGAGAAUGUGACUUCGUUCAAGAUGGACCCGGGACACGCGAGUGCCGCCAGGGCACUCUCACCUGAUUGCGGCCAUGAUACCCCACUCUGAGGCGCGUGGAAGAGGCGCGCGGGGGCAAAUAGAAGCUGCUGGGUUUUGUCCUCUGAGUUUCAAUCCCUCCAUAUGAGCCCUCUAAAGUCCCAGCAGCAGUGGUA